GAGUCCCCGGAGCAGCUCGCUGGGCUCUGCCGACUCUCCCGGUGACCCAGGCGGAUGGAGGCGGGCGAAGAUGCCGCGCCGCGCCGGCGGGAAUAGCGGAGGCGCGCUUUUGCGCCCAGGCUCGCCUGCCAGCAAACUUGGAGAGCAACCCUAAGCGCGCCUACUCCGAAGUAAAUGCUGUUUUAUGCCACGGGGCUUCCUCCCAGGAAACGGUUUUUAAAAGUGCGCGGAGCGAGGCGGAUUUGUUUUGCAGGGGUCUCUGCACAAAGCGCCGCGAUGGCGGUGCAGGCGGCCACUCUGCACGCCCACCACCACCCCUUCGUGGUGCCCUUCGGCUUCCCGCCCGGGGACUUCGCGGAGCUGGAGAAGGGCUACGACGGCGGGGGCGCCCUGCUGCUCGGCGGCGGCGGCUGCGGCGGCGGAGAGGCCGUGGAGUGGCGCGAAGCCACCCGGGAGCUGCUCAGCUUCAUCGACUCGGCGUCCAGCAACAUCAAGCUGGCCCUGGACAAGCCAGUCCGGUCCAAACGGAAGGUGAACCAUCGGAAGUAUUUGCAGAAGCAGAUCAAGCGCUGCACCGGCAUGAUCGCGGCCGCCGGUGGCGGGGGCGGCCCGGACCCGGCUCUGCCGCCGGACGCGCCCAACGUGUCCAAGCGGACUCCUCCGACGGCUUCUUCCGACGGCGCGGCGCCUUGCAAGCCGCCGCCCAAGCACCGCGAGGCGGGCACGCUGCAGAGCCAGAGCCUGGCCGCCCUCUUCGAGGCCCGUCCGGGAGGCGGCAAGGACGGCGGAGCGGGGCCGUCGGGGGGCAAGAAAGUACCACUCCGCAAGCGCAACCUGCCGCCCUCCUUCUUCACCGAGCCGGCCGCCAAGGAGCCCGCGGGCGCCGGCCCGGAGGAGCUCUUCGACCUGCUGGCCGGCCCCGACUACGGCGGCCUCCUGCCCGAGCAGCCCACGCCACUUUUCCAGACGGGCAGCCGCCUGCAAACUCCAGAUCUGGGCGGGGAGCCGCAUUUGUACGAGCCGCUGCCCCACUUGAUGUACCCCGAGCCUCCGCUGCGCUCCCUUUACCCUGGGCCGACGGACCCUGCCGGGGUGGAGAGCAACCCGACGGCUCACUUGCCCGCCUUCGCUCCUUUCUUCCCCGACUGCCCCCUGCCGGCCGUGCCCUACGACUAUAGCCCGGGCUACACCAGGGGGGGACCUUAUGCCAGCCUUUAGAGGAAGGAGGA